UCCCGACACCGACUCCUGAAGAUUACCAUGGGUAGUUUCGCUUUUGAAUGCACCCUGAAAGAGGAUAUAAAGAAAACACGAGAUUGUCAGAAACAGGAGGUUGAACAUGGGUGAAGUCUUAAUAUGCAUCCGUCAUUGUUGCUGUGCUGUGUGCUGCUCUGUUUAGCCUGCUGUGUUACGGUACACACACACAUGAUUAUAGAGGAACAAAACAGCUCCAACCAAACAACCAUCAGCUUACAAGCAAAUAACCAAACAGAUGCACCUUCUGUGCUCAUAGUCGGGCUUUCAAAAACACCUAAGAAGAACAAUAAAAUGGAAAAGAAACAAAAAAAGAAAUUCAGCACCCAUGUGAAGAGACCUCCGCCGCCGCCGAACUGCGUCCCGCUCUGGGGCAGCUGCAAGACGCCGAGCGCGGCGUGCUGCGACCAGUGCGCCUUCUGCCACUGCCGCCUGUUCAAGACCGUCUGCUACUGCCGCAUGGGUUACCCGAAAUGCUGAACACCCCCUGCCCUGAAAGGAAGAGGAUGGGAUUGUCCCGAUCCCAAAGGGUUGUUUAUAAAACAUUAUGGGAUUAUGACAACCGAACCUCAGUGCACUCCAUCAUAUAAUCGGAGAUCUCCUGGCCAGAUAACGUUAUACCUACAAACGCUUGGGAUUAAUGGAGAAGAGCUAACGUUACCUUGGUGAUUACCGAAGUACUUUAUAUCACAUUUUAUUUUUAUUUUUUUAAUGUUCGCGUUAAUGAAAAUAGUAAGCACUUUAUGGAAGAAUGUUAAAUCACCCUGUUCUGACCUGCAACCUGUUUGAGCUGCUGUAACCAAAAAGGGGCUCCACCUAAAAUCACCAUGACAGCAACAGUGGCCGUUAAAUAGUUGUUGUUGUUUACCGCCAAAACUCUCGAAAAUAAAUAAAAGACAAGGAAAAUAAACAUAGAAUUAAAUAAAACGACAGGUCCAGAUAGGAGUAUUAUUUAAUAGGAGUAUUUUACAGAGAGAGAGAGAAAAAAACGUUUUGGCGAACCUAUGUGUGUAUGAAGACUUUGGUUGACAUGGUAAUUGUUUUCAACUAAUGGGGAAUAUUUUUGUUGAAAGACAAAGUUGAUGAGUAAAUAUAGUUCUUGGGUCGAUUUUAUAAAUGUACGUUUCUGUGCAUAAGUGUAUAUAUUUCGUCUGGAAAUUGUAGAUGCAAUGUUUAUAAUUAUUAUUGAUUCAAGAGCAAUGGAUGACUCAAGACCAAUAUCUAAUAGCUACGAUCUAGCGCUUUUCAUUGUAAAAAUAAAACAUAAAUAGCACUGUAAAUUAAUAUAAUAAAUAAUUAAACGU